AGGUGGCGAAGGAAGGCCUCGCCAAGUUCCAGGACAGCGGUGACAAGAGGGGACAGGUCCUGGUCGGCAACGGGCUCAUCCUAGCCUACGUCGGGGGCGACGUGUACGACGACGGUGACGUGGACGAGGCGCUCAAGGUGGCCGACUCGAGCCUGUCGAUCGCCCGCGACCUGGGGGACAAGGUGUGGGAGUCCCAGGUCCUGCACACGAUCCUCCAGCUCUGCAUCCGGGCCGGGGACAAGACCAAGGCUUCGGACGUCGCUCAGGAGGCGGGUGCGCUGCUGAGCGACAUGGGCGACGACAGCGAGAUGGUGCUGGUGCUGGACUCGGUGGCGGCCAUGCAGGAGAUGGGCGACGAGCUCGACGCGGCCGUGGGGACGCGCAGCCAGCAGCGGGAGCUCUGCCAGAGGAUGGAGGACAAGGUGCGCGAGGGCAUCGUCAUGCUUAAGAUCGCGGUGAUGUGGGCACAGGCGCUCCCCGUCUCCCAGGAGCACAUGGACAUGGCCAUGGCGGCCGCCGCCCAGGCGCAGGGCCUGUUCGAGGAGGCGGACGACAAGGCCGGCGAGGCCGUCACCCUGCUGGUCAUCUCGGAGGUCUGCCUCUCGGGCGGCGAGGGCUUCCGAGAGCGGGAGCCCGAGAAGGCGCUCCAGGCCGCGGAGCAGGCGCAGAAGCUCUUCGCCGAGCUGUGCGACCGGGGCUCCGAGGCCUUGGCGCUGCAGGCGGUGGCGCAGGCGCACUUGGAGAUGGAGAAGCCCGCGGAGGCCGUCGUGGCGGCGACGCAGGCCGUGGCGCUGGCGAAGAAGGCGGAGGACAAGAAGAAGCUCGUCGAGGCUUACGUCUUCGCCGCCCAGAUGACAAUGGCGGGCGCUGGGUCGGAGGUCUUCGCCGGCAAGGACCAGUACCGCACCAUCAAGCGGGCGGGGACGAAGGCGCUCAAGACCGCGAAGGAGGCGCUGGCCCAGGCGAAGAAGCUCGACGACAGGUUCCUGCUGGGCAGCGCCGUCUACGCGGUGGCCCAGGUGCAGGUGGCGCUGGGCCAGAACGAGGAGGCCCUGAAGGGUGCCAACCAGGCCGUGGAGCUCUUCCGCUCGAUCGAGGCCCAGCGGGCGGAGUCCGACGCCAUCGUGCUCGUGGCGGAGGUCUACCUUGCCUCCGGCGACCUCAACCGGUGCGUGGACGUGGCCGAGAAGGCCGUCGGGCUCGCGCAGAAGUGCAAGGACGUCGGCGUGGAGAACCGCGCCUACGAGGUGCUCGGCCGCGUACAACAUUUUUCCAGUCAGUCUGGCGCCGCUGCCGCCACGAAGGAGGAGGUCAAGGAGGAACAGCCAGAGGCCGAAGAAGGUGGCGAGGAGGCGGAGGCAGAGGAGGCCGUGGAGGAGGUCAAGGGCUUGGACCUCGCGCACGUGCAGAGGAUCGUGAACGAGAUCACCCUGUCGUCCCUGGCAGCGGACGAGGAAGUGCACCUCGACGCGCCCCUCAUGGAGACGGGCAUGGACAGCCUGUCCAGCGUCGCCUUCAGGAACCAGCUCAACUCGCAGCUGCAGAUGAACCUGCCAGCCGCGCUCAUGUUCGACUACCCCAGCCAGCGCUCCAUCGCAGAGCAUAUCGUGGAGCUGAGCAAGCAGAAGUGAGUAGGGCCCGAGGCUGCUGCGCUUUCGUAUAUAGCUUUUUUUCUAGCUCCCAUCGGAUAAUCGCCUGGCAUCUUCCAAGGGUGCGACUGCCCUCGGGCUGCGUUCGGAGGUCGCGCUGGCGGCCGCUCUUACGCCGCUCCUGCCCUUCUAGUCCUCUCAGGGUGCCUCUCACGCCGUUGCCCUCUCCUGCUCUUCCCUGCACCUGCAGUGCCGUCUUGGGGCUGAGAGCACCGCGCCAGGAUCUCAGAGCCCUGCUCCCCGUUUCCCGCCUCGCUGCCCCCCGCUUCGUCGCCGUUCGCGCCAGCGCGGGUUUCUAAGUGGGCUCCGCUCUGCGCAGCAGUGUGCGUGUCCAUGCCCGCCUGGGAGGCCCCAA